CGGCUCGGAGCUCCUCCGCAGGACCCGGGGCACCUCCCGAGGCACCGCGGGGCUCGGGGUGUUUUCCCGUGUUUCAGCUCUUUGCCGUCGCUGUGACUCGGCAGGUUCGGGCGCGGAUCCCUUUUCCCGGUGUCAGAGCUGCAGGGACAGGUCCAGGUGUGUCCAGGGCGAUGGAGCGGCUGGAGGAGGAGCUGACCUGUGCCAUCUGCUGUGACACGUUCCGUGAGCCGCGGCUGCUGCCGUGCUCUCACACCUUCUGCGCUCCGUGCCUGCAGCGGCUCCUGCAGCCGCAGCCCGCGGCUCCGGCCGCGCUCAGCCUGCGCUGCCCCACCUGCCGCGCCCCCGUGGGGGGCCAGAGGCGGCGGCAGCACAAGGCCCGCUGCCAGGGCGCCCUGCAGAGCCACAGGGAAGCUGUGCUGAAGUGUUUUAAGGAACUUGGCGAUGCCUUGGAGCAGAAAAAAGCGGCGCUGCUGAGCGCGCUGGAUGAUGUCGAGAGGUGCGUUUCAGAGAAAUACGAUCCCCUCAUCGAGGAGGUGGAGAAGCUGAAGUUAGAGGAGAAGGAGUUGGAGGAGCUGCACUCAGCUCUGCAGAAGGAGGAGUCACCCCUGCUCUUCCUGGAGAAGCUGCAGGGGCUGCAGCAGCGGUUCCAGGCUCUCGGAGAGAAGCAGCUCCCGGAGCCUGAACCCCUGGAGGUUCAGCCCAGCGUGGAGAAGGUGCUGCAGGACAUUUCCACAACUGAGGUCGGGCAGCUGCACAAGAUCCGCACUCCAAAGCUGCAGCUGGCCCACCAAAGGCCUGCAGAGCAAACAGCAGCAGCUGCACUCUGGGCUGCUCUCACUGAACCCAGCAUUCUCCUGCUGAUCCUGACCUCGGUGGUGGUGGUGUGGCACGAGCAAAUCUCAUCUGCAGCCAUCCCAGCUCCUCUGGUGCAUCUCUGGAGAUUCCUGCUGCAGGUUUACCAGCAUUGCUGCACCUCCCUGCAGGACAAAGUGUAUGAGCUGUGCUACACCUCUGCCCUGCCCCUGCAGCUGUGCAGGAGAAUUUUUCCCGACGACUUUGAUUAGAUUGGAAACCUAGUGCACCAAUCCAGCAUUAUUUUCAUUUUCUGCUCAAAAGCUGCACUGUUAAGACUCUACACUUACUCUGUUUCUAUAUCCUUCCUUUUCUGUAUUGCAUGGAUUUCCUCUGAACUAAAGUUCUGAUCCACUUAAGGUGAAGAGAGGAGAGAUUUGCCUCUAUCCACAGCUGUGGAAUUCAGCCUUUAACAUCCUCCUGGAAUUCUCUGUCAAAGAUCAGGUGCACUGCUGAGCUUCCCCUCCUGGAAUUCUUUGCCAAAGACCAGGUGCAUUGCUGAACUUCUCCUGUAACUCUUGGCAAUUUUGCAUUUUAGUAAAUUACACUGAUUCCUUCAAUUGCUGUCUGUG